AGUGAAUAUCAUACUAUUUAUUAUCAUUUCAAUGACAUGUGAAAUAGAGAAUAUUACGUAUCAGGAAAAAAGGGGAGGAGGAGGAGGAAUACAGGAUGAUAAUGAGAAACUACAGCGUGGUGUAACUGCUCCUAAUCAUCACCAUCAUCCACGUCCCUUUCUUAAGAAAGGUGCGAGGAUGCCUAGGAGUUACAUACCACCUAGGUCAUCCAAGAAUAAUGCAUAUAAGGCUAAUAUUAUCAAGGAUGACAAUAAUAAUAUGAGGAUGAAGGCGAAUAAUAAAAUAGGCAUAAAAUGGAAUACCGAUAUGAUGAUGAAGAGGAGGAAUCAGCAACAGCAAGAGCAACAGCACCACCAGCAGCAGCAUGUAUCGAGAUCUGACGAUAAUAUCCCUACUACUACGACGACAUCUGCGACGACAUCGUCGACAUCUGCGACGACUGAUAUGGUAUUACCGAGGAAAUCAUUGUAUGAUGAUGAUUAUGAUGAUGACCUUAAUAAUGAUGAUGAUUAUAUGAUAGUAGAGGAGGGACAGUCCACUAAUAACAAUGUAUUGUAUAAUGGUCUAAUACCACAACACGAUGAAGAGGAGGAGAUACCUGUAGUGACGACGUGUAAGAGUAUUCACGAAGAUGAGGGAGUAGUAGUAAUACCUCGAGAAGAAGAAGAACAGACAAUAGGCUCUAGGAGGCAUAUAUUAUCUGCUCAUUGGGAGGGUGAUGCUGUUGCUAAACUUAUAUAUGGUAAUAAUGAUAAAGUAGGGAUGGGCAAUAAAGGAAGGACAACAACUACCAGGAAUAAACAGGAGGGAAAUAAGGAUGAUGAUAAGGAGGAGAAGGAAAAGGAAAAGGAGGAGGGGAAGUUAUUAAAGGAAAAACUAGCAUUACUAGAUAAGCAGAUUACGAGGUUUAAUAAGGAGAACGAGAUAUGCAAAACGUUAAGAAUUGAGAGGGAAAACCUAUUACAGGAAGCAGAAAGGAUAAGGGAUAGAGCUAAGGAAGAGGCUGAUGAUAUUAGGAAGAGUAUUGAUGAUGAUAGAGUAGCAUUAAGAAGGGAGAGGAAAAGAUUCCAAGAAGAGAAGGAUCGUUAUAGGCAUAUAAAUGCACAGCAGAGUAAAUGGAAAGAUGAGGAGAGGGGGUUGAAGGAUAAGAUAUUGGAACUCCAAUUGGAAGUUGAUAAUAAGACUAAGAAGGCUGAUUUGGAGAUUAAACGACUUAAUACACUCAUUGUGGAACUUCAAAUGAAGAACAAACAUCUAGUUGCUGAAUUAAAACGAUGUAAAGAGAGAUGGUUGAAAGAGCUAGUAGAUCCAGAGGAGGAAGAAGGAGAAGAAGGUGGUACAUCAAUGAGGAAUAAUAAGAUAAUAACAAAGGUUAAAGGAGAUAAAAGGAAUAUGACCAGUGCUAUCCGUCGUGAUGAUGAUGACCAUCAUCAUCAUCAUUCUAUUGCCAAUGAAACUACCAAUAGAGAGACUAGCAAAGCUAGUAUCGGUUAUAUUGCUAUUCCUCCUACUACUACUACUACUACCACUCAUCCUCCUAUCACUACAACCAAUAAUGCAUCAUCAUCAUCAUCAUCAUCACAACCUAUUAAUGAGGAGGAUGGGGUUACUCAUGAUGAUGAUGAUGAUGAUUACUGGUAUUUCUAUGGUCAUAUUCAUAACAAUGAUGAUAAUGAUAACGAUACAAAAUAUGGUACACUAAUUUCAGAAAGUUUAACAGACGAUGGUAAACGUUGUGAUCGUCUAUACUCUACUGGUAUCAGGACUGUCACUUUUACUACUGGUCUUAAGAAAGUUGUAUGGCCUAGUAGCAGUGGUGAGUGUAAUAAAGCAUUAGUAUCACGUACAUAUCUACCCAACGGUGAUAUUAGAAGCAAGAUAAAUGAUGGUACUGAAUUGUAUUGGUAUGUUGAUGGUGGUACUAGGCAGAAGACUCUACCAGAUUCUACUGAUAUAUUCAUAUUUAAUACUGGACAGAAGGAAUAUCAUUAUCCCGAUGGUAGCAAGGAAAUACACUUCCCCAGUGGUAUUAUAAAGAGGAUAUCUUCAGAGGGAUAAGCUCAUAAAUGAUGAUAAUCAUCAUUAUAGUAUUAUUAUCAUUAUGACAGUUCCAUUAUUACUAUGCAGCAUGUCUACUAUUGGUU